UUGGAUGCUCACACUAGCUCUCCCGGUUUAGUCAGAGUGUUGUGUUUUUUCUUUUCUUUAUCCUUUUAGUUUAUUCCUUUCUUAACAACGAACAGGGGAAAACCAGAGAAAAGACACAGCGAUUAAUAUCCGCUUCAGAAAACACGCCGCUGUCUCAGUUAUUGUUCGGUACUCCGUCUGAAUCCGGGUGUUCUGGUGAGCUCCGGUGCUCCGUCACACACCGCGGUAACAUCCUCAAAUCUUAGCGGCACCUACAGCCAUUUACCUCAGCCUGUUAAACCCGGACACGAGAAUGGUCAUGGGAUCGACAGAGACUCAGUGGCGUCAGGCAGACUUGCCGCAGCUCCAGGGCUGGGCUGACAAGGGACUGCUGUCACAGCCAAAGAUGAUAAUCAGUAACAUGGAGCCUCAGGUGACGAACGGGCCGAACUCGGCCACAGCCAAUGGGCCAUCGAGCAAUAACCGCAGUUGCCCAUCGCCCAUGCAGACCGGUGGCUCCAGUGACGACAGCAAAACCAACCUCAUUGUCAACUACCUGCCCCAAAACAUGACCCAGGAGGAGUUCCGCAGCCUGUUCGGCAGCAUCGGAGAGAUCGAAUCUUGCAAGCUGGUCCGCGACAAAAUCACAGGGCAAAGUCUUGGAUAUGGUUUCGUCAACUACAUCGACCCGAAGGAUGCAGAGAAAGCCAUCAACACAUUAAAUGGACUAAGACUUCAAACCAAAACAAUCAAGGUGUCAUAUGCACGGCCCAGCUCAGCCUCUAUCCGUGAUGCUAACCUGUACGUGAGCGGGCUACCUAAGACCAUGACCCAGAAAGAGCUGGAGCAGCUUUUCUCCCAGUACGGACGAAUUAUCACCUCCCGAAUCCUCGUCGACCAGGUCACAGGUGGCUCGCGUGGUGUGGGUUUUAUUCGCUUUGAUAAGAGAAUAGAGGCUGAGGAGGCCAUCAAGGGCCUGAAUGGACAAAAGCCUUCAGGAGCAGCCGAGCCCAUCACGGUCAAGUUUGCCAACAACCCGAGCCAAAAGACAAGUCAGGCCCUGCUCUCUCAGCUUUACCAGUCUCCCAACCGCCGCUACCCUGGGCCUCUUCACCACCAAGCCCAAAGGUUCAGGCUGGACAAUUUGCUUAAUAUGGCCUAUGGCGUUAAGAGGUUCUCUCCCAUCACCAUAGAUAGCAUGACCAGUCUGGUAGGGAUGAACAUUCCCGGGCACACAGGCACUGGCUGGUGCAUCUUCGUCUACAACCUGUCUCCAGACUCGGACGAAAGCGUGCUGUGGCAGCUGUUCGGGCCCUUCGGCGCGGUCAACAACGUCAAGGUGAUCCGAGACUUCAACACCAACAAGUGCAAAGGGUUCGGCUUCGUCACCAUGACGAACUACGACGAGGCGGCCAUGGCCAUCGCCAGUCUGAACGGGUAUCGGCUGGGCGACCGCGUGCUGCAGGUGUCCUUCAAAACCAGCAAGACCCAUAAGUCCUGAACUUCCUGCCCACUGUCGCGCAGCCCUGUCAAACACACCAGUACUAACACCCACCUCAGCCCACACGAAUAGCCUACAACAAACAGGAACACAAGCAACACACCCACCAAACAGGACUGUCUAUGGCUUAUAAUAUAACUUUGGACCUAUAAGCCAACGUUGCCUAAGUAUUAUGAAA